CAUGCUGGCAGUAACUCGAACCGUUUUCUCCGUUUUCACAAAGACUGGAAGUCAGAAAACUAUAGCGAGGAUGGACAAUCGUGCGGUGUUUUUUCUUCUCCACAUCUUGUCGGUUUUGCCGUUUUCUCUAGCGCAGGUUCCAGGACAGCAUACCCCGGAGCUGGCCACGCGAGGUCCCAACCUGUGUGAAUACGUGAACCCAGUGAGUAACGCUACAGAGUACCGAUGUUGUGACGAGUGGCAACAGUACGGGCACUUCUGUAUCGUCGGCGCCUGUGACGCGUCGGUAGCGAGCCUGUGUCACGCUGUAGGACAGGUCUGCGUCACCACCAACCAGUGCGGCUGCAUGCACGGAUGGAGCCCGAGGGUGCAAUGUCCGUGUCGGGAGGGUCGGUUCGGACCGAACUGCCUGUAUGAGUGUCUGUGUGAGCACGGGAAGUGUAGUCCCUCAGACGGACAGUGCACAUGUAACGCCGGGUGGAAGGGACUGCUGUGUGACAUCCCCUUAUGUCCCUUAGGUUAUUAUGGACCAGACUGCAAAAUCCGUUGCCCUGGCAACUGCAAGUCAUGCAACGCCGUGACAGGCAGCUGUCAAUCAUGUUACGCUGGUUUCUAUGGCAACAACUGCUUGAGACAGUGCGGUAACUGUGAAACGUGUAACAAGGAGACUGGAGUGUGCGAGGAGACGUGUCAGGAUGGGUGGAUGGGAGAAAACUGCGACAAGAAGUGUGCUCGAGGUACGUACGGGCGGAACUGUAAGAUGAUCUGCCCGGAGAACUGCCCGUACACGUGUAACCGGGUGAGCGGGAAGUGCCGACAGUGCGUGCCGGGGUUCUUCGGGCAGGCCUGCGAGAACCGCUGUCCGAAGGGCUGCAAAACCUGCUCCAUCCAGCAGGGGGUGUGCCUGGACUGCAAACCAGGGUUUGAGCUGUAUCAGGGAAGCUGUGAAGAGUGCCCAGCGGGAACGUACGACAAAGACUGCUCACAGCGGUGCCCGGAAAACUGUAAAGGGAAGCGCUGCAACAGGUUCACAGGGGGCUGCAAUGCCUGCCAGAAGGGCUGGAGGGGGCGCUUCUGCAACGAGACGGACGAGAACGUCAGACCCGCGCUGACUACUCCGGGAACGAGACUACCGUGCCAGUGUCGUAAUGGUGGAUGGUGUGACGUCACCAAAGGAAGUUGUGUCUGUUUAGCAGGAUACUUUGGGAAAAGUUGCGAAAACAUCUGUCCGGUCGGUCGCUACGGGCAACUGUGCGCCAGCCGGUGUCGGGGGUGUAAGUUCUGUGAUCACGUGACGGGGAAAUGUGACACCGGGCCGCCAUCAGAAAGAACAACGGUCUCCUCCAAUGACGUCACGGGGGCAACUCCAAGGACAAAGGCUCCUGUUCCUCCGUUAGGACUUCCAUCUACGGAAUUUCCAAGCCGAGUCACACCAUCCCCACCCUCUGACGACAAACCCGGGUCCUCUGAAGAGAAAUCUGAAUCCCCUGGUGAAACAACAUCCGGGCCCUCUGAUGAAACAUCCGGGAACUCUGGAGAAACAUCCGGGAACUCGGGUGAAACAUCCGGGUCCGCGAAGACCGCGCCCGACGGGACGGCCCAGCCCAGGACGAAGGAUGACGUCAACAUGCUGAUGAUCGCUGUCAUUGGUGUGGGCGUCGCCGCCAUCUUGGCGUUGCUGGUUGCCAUGGUGAUUUGCUUCCUCCACGUCAGGCGAAAGAGGAAACGUGAAAACGAGAGCACGAUGGAGAUGAACGCCCGGCGGAACCACCAGUGGGAGCGGGUAGGCGUGGCGCAGCCGUACAUCGUCCUCAAACUGCCGCCGCCUCCGCCCGAGGACGAGUACCACGACACGCCGGCAAACUCGGACAACGACAAAACCCAUGAGAACUGUACAGAUGCGAUGUCUACUACUUGCAGUGAUGACGAGGACGGCAGAGGGUUCUCUGACUCAGGGACACAGACUCUUCCAAGGAUGUCCGGAGGUUCUGAAAACACAGCUGGGGGCGCCGGGCAGCCGCCAGCGAAGAAGAAACGGACAAAAAGCACGAGUGACGCGUUAGACGACAAGACCACGGCUGGUCCCGCGUUUCUGUCCCGCAUCCUACCGCAACUACAUCGGCGAUCCAACGACAACCAAUCAAAGGCUGCUGAAGAUGAUGACUACGCUGCAGAGGACGAAGGCGACCAGGUGGACUCAAACCCUCCCAAGAGCGACACCUUGCGGCCUAAGCCGGCACCGCGCAAGGGACACCUCAACGACUAAGAC